AUGUCGUCCAAGAAAGAUUUGUUCAAAAACCAAACAGAUCCACUCCCAUGUGAGGAAAUAAACGCCGAAAAGCUUGUCCGAAAGCAAAAACGAACUGCGCCCGGUCGUAUGUGA